AUGUCUUAAAAAUGCAAACAUUAUAUGUAAGAAACUAAAUCCUCAAAGGCAAAAUCAGAGGCAAAUAAAGAGAAAUUUGCAAAACUUCACAAUUAAAAAUUUAAUAAAUCUUCUUCCAAACCUAAAAGUUUACCUAAAAAACAAGCAUUUUCAUCAUAGACCUAUUAUAAAUAGAAUUCUUAAAAAUAAAACAAACAAAAUUAACCAUAAAAAAGGGAGAAUUAUCAUUAGGAAUAAUUCAAGAUUAAAAAGAAAGCGCAAUCUCAACAUAAUAGAAAAUUGUAAUCUCCUGAAAUCGGAAAAAAUAUUCAAAACAAUAAGAAAAAUUUUUAAUUUCAAUAACAACAAUAAUAUUCCUUAGAAAAACCGGUAGUAUAAAAAAAUCCAUAAAUUUAAAAUUGGUAGAAAAGCAGUUCUCCAAUAAUAAAAAAUUAAUAAAAUAACUUUUAAAAAAUAUAAAAUAAAAAUCUAUAAACUCCCUAAAAAUAAGCCUUAAAAAGUGAUUAGAAAUAUCAGAAUUAAUAAUUGACGAAUAAAUUUUAAAAUCUUGAUAAUAAAAAAAAAAAUUUUAACGAUACUCUCAAAAAAUAACAAAUAAACUAUGAAGAAUAAAUAGAUAAUAAGGAAAAGAUAAAUGAAUCAUUAAACUUUAAACAACAUUAUCCAUAAAAUGAUUAAAUAAUUUUUGAUUAACAAAGAUUAAACAUAACAAUAGAAAAUGUUAAAAAGUUAGUUUAAAUCUCAUCUGAAUAAAGAUAUGUAGAAGAAAAUCAGAAAUUCUACCUUUAAUAAUAUGGAGAUUAAAAUACUUUAUAUUCCAAUUAUGGUAUUAAAUAAUUAAAAAUAAGAUGUGAACUUAAAAUUCAUUGCAAUGAAAUGUUAUUUGUUCGUGGUGAUGGAAAUUGUUUUUAUACUGCAUUUGGCUUUUAAUUUUUAAAAUUAUUAUUAAUAACAUAUAGCGAUGCUGAAUUCAAUGAAUUUUUAAAUUUUAUAAAAUAAAAUCAGAUAAAAUUUAAGAUUUAUUGCAAAAAUUUUAAGAUAGAUGAUGAAAAUAUAGAAAAACUCUUAAUGGAAUAAUUCAUUUAUGUUUUGCAAUAAAUAAGAAAAAUAGAAUCAAAGGAAGAAAGAGUAAUGGAAUUAAAAAAGCAAUAUCAAGAAUAUUAGAUUUCAAAUAAUGGUGAUGGAUGUUUUUAUUGUUUAUCUACAAUAUUUUUUAGAAACUUAAGUGAUAGACUUUUAGAUAAUAGUGAACUUAAAGAUUAAGUUUAUGAUAGAAUAAACUUACUCACUUGGGAAACUGAAUGCAAUAAUAACGAAAUAAUAAUUUCUAUUUUAGCUUAAUAUUUAAAAAUGUAUUUAAUUAUAUAUUUUUAGUUAUGUAAAAUUAAUAUUUUUUCACAAAGGAUCCUUUAAUCUAAUUGAAUAUGAAAAAGAUUAACCAAAUAAAAUAGUACUCUUAAUAUAGCCUGGUCAUUACAAUAUAGGAUUAAAAAACUGA